AUGGCAGAACAACUCGUCAACUCCUGGGGAUUCCAUGGCUCCCACCUCGAUAGGAUCAUUUGUACGCUCCCCAGCCUGCUCUACAGCAAUGUCGAGAAGACCCUCGCGCCGAAGUUUCGAUCUUUACGUGAAAUCGGCUUCUCCGAGUCCGAUCUUGUUGAUAUCAUCCCUAAAAACACAAACCCGAUUAACAAAAGCAUGUGCGGCAGCGUCCUCUCCAAAUUGCAGUUUUGGAAAUGCCUCCUUGGAUCAAGAGAGGUCCUUCUUAAGUGUUUGAAGAAGCAACGACUGUUCAUAUUCAUAGGAAGCAAGAAGAGGGUAAAUCUUAACCUGAUUUUUUUAAGGAAUGAAUGUGGAAUUCCUCAAGAAAGAGUUUCUCUAGUUGUGCGAAGUACUUCCAACUUCAUCCUACAGAGCUUGGAUUCACUAUGGGCUUUGGUUCGUAGAGCUGAUGAGUUUGGGGUUCCCCGACACUCUAAGAUGUUCUUAUGGACCCUUUAUUCACUUAGAAAGGCCAGUCAAGAUAUAGUCAAUACUAAGUUCAAGCUCCUGUUGAAGUUUGGAUUGAUUCAGAGAUUCUUACGGCAAUGA